AUGUACAGGAUUAUUUUAACCCCAGUAACCAAAUAUAAAAACCCAGGGGAAAGAGUCUUUUGUGGGCCUGGAGGAUGGCUGAUUCCCAAUUCUAUCGCAAAAAUUGACGAAAAUUCGGAUAUAGCUGACCUCACACUCAGCGUUGACGAUGAGCUCCAGCUUGUCGUUAAAGCCAAAGGACUGUUAAAAUAUAUAGGUAAAAUAAUUGAGGCUUAUGAAAAAGAGAUACUUCCUGAGGAGCGAAAAUGUGCUGAAAAAUUCGCAUAUGAUUACUAUGAGAAAAAAGAAUUAGUCAGCCCACUUAAAGGGAUUGAGGAAAAGGAGUUUGAAAAGAAUGAGGCUGCUGCCAGCAAAGGGGGCUGCAAGGAAAAGCAUUUUUUGAAUUUCCAGUCUAAUAAAUGUGAAAGUAAGGGUAACUAA